CCGCUGCCCGCCAGCCCCUGCCCGCCCGAGCCGCGCUCCGCAGAGGAGCAGAGGGGAGCAGGAUGCUGCCGGACGCCGUGGCGCUGCUGGCGGUGAUGGUGAUGGUGCUCGGCCUUCGCUCGGCGGCGGGAGGCGGCGCGGGCGGCUACGCCCAGGUCAAGUACAUGCAGCCCAUGGUGAAGGGACCCCUGGGACCCCCCUUCCGCGAAGGCAAAGGGCAGUACCUGGACAUGCCGCCGCUGCUGCCCAUGGACCUCAAAGGGGAGCCAGGACCCCCAGGGAAGCCUGGCCCACGUGGACCCCCCGGGCCCCCUGGCUACCCAGGAAAGCCGGGCACGGGGAAGCCGGGGAUGCACGGCCAGCCCGGUCCUGCCGGGCCCCCCGGCUUCUCAGGCAUUGGGAAACCCGGCAUCCCAGGACUCCCCGGAAAGGCGGGCAUGAAAGGGAUGCCCGGAGCCAAGGGUGAGCCCGGCAUGCGAGGAGAGCAAGGGCCAAGAGGACUGCCCGGCCCCCCGGGGCUGCCAGGGCCGGCCGGCAUCUCAGUCAAUGGGAAGCCAGGCCCCCAGGGCGGCCCCGGUCUGCCCGGGUUUCGGGGUGAGCCUGGCCCUAAAGGAGAGCCGGGUCCCCGUGGAGAGAGAGGGAUGAAGGGUGAAAAUGGUGUGGGGAAGCCAGGGCUACCAGGGCCCCGGGGCAAUGGGGGUCCUCCCGGUCCCGCAGGGCCCCCAGGUCCCGUCGGCGUAGGAAAACCCGGCCUUGACGGCCUGCCGGGCGCGCCGGGGGAGAAGGGCGACAUGGGCCCCCCAGGUGGGCCUGGCGUCAAUGGGGAGCCUGGCCCCGUGGGGCCACGGGGACCCCCUGGCAUCGACGGGAUCGGCGUCCCGGGCGUCGCGGGGGUGCCGGGGAUACAGGGCCCCAUGGGACCGAAGGGAGAGCCCGGCAUCCGUGGCCUCCCUGGUUUGCCCGGCCCAACGGGCUACGGGAAGCCGGGGUUGCCCGGCCUAAAAGGAGACCGUGGGCAGCCUGGGGUGCCAGGAGCCAUCGGUGAUAAGGGGGAACCUGGUGUUGAUGGGGAGCCAGGUGAGCCCGGCCCUGCCGGCAUCAUUGGGCCACCAGGCCCGCCAGGGUCCAUGGGGCUGCCGGGCAAACACGGGCUGCCCGGCUCCAAAGGGGAUGUGGGGCCGAGCGGGCCCCCAGGAAUGCCGGGGAUGCGCGGCGACCAGGGCCUGAACGGCUUCGCGGGGAAGCCAGGGGUGCCGGGAGAAAGGGGCCUGCCAGGGUCACAGGGACCCCCUGGCCCAACGGGCCCCAAAGGAGAACCGGGGUUCAUUGGCCUCCCGGGGGUGCCGGGAUUAACGGGUGGCCCUGGGCCAAAAGGGGACGGGGGAAUCCCGGGGCAGCCAGGGCUGAGGGGCCCCUCCGGCAUCCCGGGCUUGCAAGGACCUGCUGGUCCCAUGGGGCCUCAGGGGUUACCGGGGCUGAAAGGAGAACCCGGGCUCCCUGGGGUUCCCGGUGAGGGGAAGACGGGUGAGCCCGGCAUGGCUGGACCCAUCGGCCCCCCAGGAAUGCCGGGAACACCAGGGAUGAACGGGCCACCGGGCCCACCGGGGCCACCUGGGCCACCGGGAGCGCCCGGGGUGUUCGACGAGACGGGCAUCGCGGGGCUGCACCUGCCGGACGGCGGCGUGGAGGGGGCCGUGCUGGGCAACGGCAAGCCGGGGAAGCCGCAGUACGGGCGAGGAGAGCUCUCCGCCCGCAUCGCGCCAGCCUUCACCGCCAUCCUCACCUCCCCCUUCCCGGCCUCGGGAAUGCCGGUCAAGUUCGACCGGACUUUGUAUAACGGGCACAACGGCUACAACCCAGUCACCGGGAUAUUCACCUGCCCCAUAUCCGGCAUCUACUACUUUGCCUACCAUGUGCACGUCAAAGGGACUAACGUUUGGGUGGCGCUUUAUAAGAACAACGUGCCCGCCACCUACACCUACGACGAGUACAAAAAGGGGUACCUGGACCAGGCCUCGGGCAGUGCCGUGCUUGAACUCAAGGAGAACGACCAAGUCUGGGUACAAAUGCCCUCGGACCAGGCCAACGGGUUGUACUCCACGGAAUACAUCCACUCCUCCUUCUCCGGGUUCCUGCUCUGCCCCACAUAACGGCUGUUGGGCACAUUUCCUUUUCAUCCACUUUAGCCAUAAACUGUCGUUUUGUUUUUGUUUUUGUUUUUUUGAUAAAAAAGUUUUUUAAAAUUAAUACAAAAAAGAAAAAUCACUGGGAAGAACGCGCAAGCCGUUGUUAUGGGACCUUGCUUCACGCUGUUUGAUCCAUGAGUCAAGAGGGUAAUCGGAAAGGAGACAUCUAUCUAUCUUUCUUUUUUCUUUUUUUUGGGAGGGAGAAGGCAGGAGGGGAGUGAUCCCCUCAUCAAAGCAAAUUUGGAAUUAAAUUUUACCCUGGUGACUGUACAUCAAACACAGGAACACGCUUGGGAUGGCAAGGAUCUGGCUCCGCAGUAAACUGCUCUGUGGUCCAGGGAGGGUCACCUGGAAGACCAGACCCUUCCAGUCCAUAAUCAAGUGCCCUUGUUUCCCUUUUUCAGUAUGAGUUAAAUAAACACAGCUGUUGUAACGGAUGGUGUUAUUUGCUAACUAGCACAGGGGUCCCAGGCACCUACCACGAACCUCUACAGCAGCAGAGAUCCCUGAUGGAUUGAGAAAUUUCCUUCCCAAACCAUCAGAUUCCCAAGUUCCAGUCUCACUGAUGCCUGUUCUUUCAGACUGCGCUUCGAGGCAGUCUCUCCGAUUCACUCCGGAUUCAGUGUGGAUGGAUUUAUAAUCAUAAAAAGUGGACACACUUUGCAUAAGCACCUUCUUAUAAGAAGUAAAUAUUAUUUUUAACCCUCCCCCCCCAGCACCUUUAGGAAUAAAACCAUCCAGGCGUUGGUACCUGGGAGGAUGACAGACGACCUGUUCCAAAGCCGCCGAGGGAAGCCGGGACCCCUGCGACGAACAACGAUCCUCUCUCGGGUUAACUCAGCUGCUGCCAAGUCCAAGGGCGAGCUCUGUCCUCUCUGUUUCUUCGCAGCCCGGAGACACGCCGGGCCUCGUCAGCAUCUUCUUCGUUGGCCAACACCCAGCUGGCCCCGCGGGCCCGGCGUAGGGUGCUUCUAGCCUGGUGCAAGAGAAGGGGUAGUUAUGCUUUCUUGGAAGUGCCACUUAACGGACAACUUGCUUUUACUGUCUCACUAUUUCGGGAUGUGUAAACUUUUGCGUCGGCGUCCCCCCUUUCUCUGGGGACCUUUUAAUUAAGAAAAAAAAAAAAAAAUAGUGUUCGUUCUAACUUUCUAUUCGGUCAUUUUACAAUGGUGCUAUUAUCUACUUAACAAUGUUAUUUACAAGUCUAGUGCAAUAUGUACCUGUAAAAGUGCGCCAUAUUCCAGGUGCCACUCUGUGACUUAGGUUAAAAAAAAAAGAAAAAAAAAAAGAAAAAAAAAAAGAGUCACAUUUGUCUGUUGUUACCACUUUGUCUCACUAAUGCUUGAAAUGUCGAGCUGAGUAGGAGCUACAAGGUUCUGGGAAGGGUGUGAGAGAGACUCUACUGGGCUGCUCUCUCCAUUGCCAGCGGGAGCCACUGGGCCCUGUUGCUUUGCAGAUUUUUUCGUGGUAGAACAGUCGUCGCCACUCGCACGCCGAGUCCCACCAUCCCUCCCCCCCAGCACCACGAGCUGCUGGAGCUCGUCCCCCAGCGUCACCCCACGUGUCCCCUCUGCAGCAGCACAGCCCUCAGACAACAGCAACGAUUCGGUCACCAGCUGAGCAACUCUUACCCUCCACUUUUUCUGAAGCCUGUUCUAUGGCCACAGAAAUGUAGCAAGGAUGGGACUCGGGAUUGUGCUCCAGUCGGACUGUACAAGAUAUUUAAGCAACUUUUCUUUUUCUCUUUCUGUCUUGUUUCGUUUGUUUGUUUUUUCUCCUGAAGCCUGUCCUCUCUUUCUGCCUCUCGCCAUCCAGGGCUUCCUCUUAAAAACACACCUAUCCCUGAAAGGAAGAAACCCAAAAAGGAAAGUUAUGAGUGGAAGGGUCAGUGCUUCAGGUCCUGCCCGGCUGGGGCUGGGCUGGUUUGUCCCCCCUGCCGGGGAUUUUCUCCACAUAGAGCUGCAAGUUUCAUAUAAAGAUGAAAGUUUCUCAAGCAGAAAGGCUGCCCCAGUGGAUGUUUUUAACUCCUGGAGGCAGGGGGGUGUGGGGACUGUUCGUGCUUUGACCAUACUGGGUUAUUUCCCAGCAGGAGCAGGAGCCACACAGAGAGUCCCUGAAAUUCCAAGUGGAAGGUGAGAUGUUUUCUUCAAGCCUGGGUUUGGGAGGAGGGUGUGAGGACGGGGCCUGCGUCUCCUUCCCUGGAGCAGCUUCCCCCGUGGAGAACAGCCACAGGCUGGAGCUGGUGCCACGCCAGGCCCCGGGGGCAGCGGGGUCCGGUUCCCUCCAUGGCCCCGGGGCCCGUUCCUGCGGUGGCAGGGCUGGCAGCACCACAUCCACCCCACCUGCAGCAGGGCCAGGAGCUUCCCCAGCCCCAGCCCCACACCGGGGUGGAAGCUUCAUCCCGUUACUCAGCAAAGCAACUUAUUUAUACCGUGUCCUAACCUACAUCCCACCUCUUUUUUGUCCCGUUUUAUUCAAAACUUCUUGUUCUAGCUGGCAAAAAAGCGAUGACAGAAAUCCUCACUAUAACCACCCCGAGACAUUAACUCCUUCAGUGCUGUAGAUAUUCUUUGGCAAUUUCACUUUCCCUUCACGUGCAGAGCAUAAACCGCAAUCACCCUUCCGCAGCUGUGUAACCUCUUACACCUACACAGGAACUGAAAGGCAGAGAUAUUACACGCACAUAGAGUUAGGCUAGAAAAAAAAACAACAACAAAACAACCAACGAUGCACAGGACGAGGGAGGCUGUUCACUAAAGCAGACACUGUCAGGAAGAGUUUUUUCUUCUGGAGUAACUGAGUACGUGGUAUUCGCCAGCAGAAAAGGGUCAUUUUCUGUCGUGUGUGCGAGCGCACGGGGUUUGGGUUUCUAUCGCAACAGCAAAGAAGGUUGGGUUGGAUGAAGUACGUCUAUUUUUAAUUAUGAAAACUGCAUUACAAUGUGCAUUUUUAUAUACAAAUUCUUACUAUUUUUUUUAAAUUUGCCUCUAGUAUCUUCAUUUCUAACCUAGUAUAUAGAGGUUUUUAGUUUUGUAAAUACUUUAUUACAUGCACUGUCUGUCAUAGUAAAAGUUGGUCUAAAAUGCACUCUUUUUGUGAUCAGAAACUGGCCUUCUCUUCAGAACUAAAACUGCAGUACUUGAUUGUAUUGACAAAACAUCAAUAAAACUUAUUGUAUAAAA